AUGGCCAUACAUCGAAACAUUGUACAAAGAAAUCGUUAUGUCAAACAAAAGUUGAAUGAUUGGAAAAAAAAAGAUGAAUCGUUGAAAACCGAGCAGUUGCUAAACAAGGACACAGCAGGUGACAAUAACAAGGCACAAGAGAAUAUCGCUAAAGAUUGGGAAAUACCAAGGAAGGCUUUGCAUUCGAUCAUAGUCAUAGCUCGUAACACUUUACUCGUAGCAUUUCCGAUAGUCUUAGUUGCUGAUAUCUUACGAUUUAACAAUGCAUCAUUUAAUAACCUCUACAUUAAGGUAAUGGGGUUUUUAAUGCGAGAAACUGAGAAAAGAUAUAAGAUCAAUGGUGUCGUAUUCUAUCUUGCUGGGUGUAUCGGCAGUUUAUCAUUAUUUCCGAAAGACAUUGCCGUCAUGUCAAUAUUGAUUCUAUCGUGGUGUGAUACCGCCGCAUCCUUCUUUGGUAGAAAGUAUGGCCAACAUACAUUUAAAUUAAGGAACGGUAAAUCAUUGGCAGCGAACCUAGUAAUCGACGAAAGAAGCUGGAUUCCAGAGAGAAGUGUGUUGUCACUGCCGUUAUUGGUAUUAUUAACGGGAAUAAUUGGUGGAGCUAGCGAGUUGAUCGAUUUGUGGGGAUUGGAUGAUAAUCUUGUUUUACCUCUGGCAGCAGGAAGCUUUUUGUGGAUGUUACUAAGAGGAUUAGGAUUAGGGACUGGUGAGAGUAUGCUUUAUUAG